AUGCCGACGCCGGCGGCGAAGAGGUGCUUCCGGAAGAAGCGGUCCCUCGAGGAGGCGGAGGCCGAGCCUGACGCCGGCGCCGAAUCCGGUGACGAGGAGGAACGCAGGUCCGUUCCUCUUCUUCUAUUUCUUCUUCUUCUUCCUCGCCGGCGAUAUGGGGAGGGGAAGGAAGCCCUUUCUUUCUCAUCACCCUUAGGGUUUUCAUGGCCUCUCGUUUUCUCUUCUCAGGAUGGUGCUGGAGGAGGUGAAGCUGUUGCAGAAGCAGAGGGAGAGGCGAUCGGGCAUCCCGGCGCUGCCCACCGCGGCGGCGCCGCCCGGCGACGCCGGCGGCGGCGGCGUGGUGGAUGAGCAGAAAGGGGGCCUCAAGAAGAUGGGGGCCGGGACGGGGCGGGCGGUGGCGGUGGGAGGGGACGGCGAGGACGAUCUGGUCUUGCAGGACACCUUCGCCCAGGAGACCGCCGUCACCGUGGAGGACCCCAACAUGUGAUGCCCUAAUUCCUCGUCUUCCUCCCCAAAUCCGUCCGAAAUUGCGCCGUCGAUUCGAAGAAGAAUCCUCGAACUUUCCUCUGCCAUGGUGGUAUUGACGGAAUGAUCGUGAUGACACAGGGUCCAGUAUGUGGAGCAAGAGUUGGCAAAGCGGAGGGGGAAGAACGUCAGUGGCGACGGGGGUGAUCAGGCCGAGAGCGAACUGAAGCGCCUGGAGGACGAGUUGUACGCAGUGCCCGAGCAUCUCAAGGUGGGAUCUCUGCCAUGGUGAUCAGAAGAACAAGGAAAUUGUCCCCGAUGGCGCAGUGGCUCUGAUUCUUCACUACUUUUGCUGCAAAUCAUCCUCUUCCAGGUGAAGAGGAGGAACCCGGAGGAGAGCUCUACCCAGUGGACGACCGGGAUUGCAGAAGUUCAGCUUCCGAUUGAGUCAGCCCUUCUCUGCGUACCGACGCCGUUACAAUUUAUAGCCGGACAGAUUCAAGAUCCAGGAGGUGGCUGAAUCGAAUCCUCAGUUGACGUCCUUCUUCUUCUUCGUCGUCCUCUUCGCCAGGUACAAGCUCAGGAACAUCGAAGAGACAGAGGCUGCCAAGAAGCUCCUGCAGGAGAGGAGGCUGGCGAGCAAGGCCAAGUCGGACAUGAACAACAUCCCCUCGAGCUACAGCGCAGAUUACUUCCACCGCGGCCGUGACUACGCCGAGAAGCUCCGCAGAGGUGGGUGGGUGUUCCGGCCAUGGAGCUCGGAGCAAGUUUACUCUGUGGAGAUGAUGAUGGCUUCAUGUCUAAGGAUCCCCCCUUCUGACGGCGAUCUUCUUCUUCAUGAUGGGAGCAGAGCACCCGGAGCUGUACAAGGACGAGGCCUUCCAGGAUGGUGCGGCGGGCGCCAGAGGCAGCGGGGGCGGCGAGGCGGCAGGGCGGCGGCAGGCGGCGACGGACGUGAUCAUGCUCGAGCGCUUCAGGAAGCGGGAGCGGCAGCGUGCGAUGCGCAGAUGA